AUGACACCCGCAGCCACCGUGAACAGCAAAGGCCAAUAUCCAACACAGCCUACCUGCCCCGUGCAACCUCCUGGGAAUCCGGUGUAUCCUCAGGCCUUGCAUCUUCCUCAGGCUCCACCCUAUACAGAUGCUCCACCUGCACACUCAGAGCUCUAUCGUCCGAGCUUUGUGCACCCGGGGGCUGCCCCAGUCCCCACCAGGUCAGCUGCAUUUCCUGGCGCCUCUCUGGCUUACGAUCCCAUUGGUCCCAUCAAUCCACCUGGCUCCACAGUGCUGGUGGAAGGAGGGUAUGAUGCAGGCGCCAGAUUUGGAGCUGGGGCUACCGCUGGCUACAUUCCUCCCCCACCUCCUGGACGCCCUCCCGACGCCGCUCAGCUCGCAGUCACGCGGGGAGCCAAAGUCCUUGUAACUCAGCCGAAGGGAAGCUGCUUCACGGGUGGCUCGGAUGGUGGCCACACCAUUUGGUGA